UUACGAGUCUUGCAAAGUCAUAUCGCCAUCGACUAUUGACUUGGCACAAGCUUACCAAGUUUCCUUACCGAGUUACGUGCACAGUGCUAUUUUGUAGUUUCGUUCUUGCUAAUUGGAUCGUUGAAAGAUAUAACGAGAUGAUGCUAAUUACGACAUUCGUGAUUAUUUCUUUUAGCAUGAUCACAGUUACGAAGGCCAUGAAUUAUACCGUGACAAAAAUCUUAGAUGAAACAGUGACGGUAUACGAGAAUUCCUUAUUCGACUUGGAAAUAAUCGGUUUUAAUAAUGACAGCAAAGUCUACAUGAUAAUCAACCAGCCCAUUACGGAUAAGGAUGACCUUCUUAUUAAUUUUGUGGCAGAAAGGUUCGACGGUGUUAAAUUUCCAUUACCCGAUAAUCCCAUGAAACUGUGUAAGUUCCUUUUCGAAGAACGAUCUACUAAAUUAGAAUCUUACAUCCGACAAUUUCAUAUUUCAAGAGCUUUUAAUCUUGAAGAUCAAAUUUGUCCGAUAUUACCGGGUAAAAGAAAGCUGUUACCGUAUAUGUUUCCAAAAAAUGUAACUCUUUUGCACGACAUAGGUUGCGGGGAUUUUGUUUACACUGUCGACAUAUUCACUAAUGACACGAGUGAUUCCAGUGAGUAUAGAUCUUUGAUUUCUAGUCAGACAACUGUUCAUAUAGAGGGAGAAAGUUGUUCGAACACACUAAUGUAACAUAAUCUAUAGACAAAUUUAAUAAUAUGGUAUAAUUUUAAAUAUGACGUAUAAUUUUGAAUACAAUGUUAUAUAAAAUGUUAACCGUAACUAAUAGAUCUGUAUAAACACUGAUAAUAAAAUGUAUACACAAUAGGAAUAAUUUGUAUCAAUAAUAUAAUAGCGAAAUAGAUUCAACAACUUAUUAGAGUUAUUUUAAAAACAAUUAGGAACGCUGGUUAGAAAUUAACCGCAAGUGUAGGUACAAUUUUCUAACCAAAGAGACCGACACAAAGUUUCACAAGCACGUCCUUGCUUAUCGUCUUAGCCUCUACUGUUCCGUACCAACGUGUUCCUUGGACGUACACCCACGUAUAAACAACGAGCAAGCAUAGAGCACGCGAGAAACCGUCUAAAAGGCUUAUCAGCCUUCAUCGGAUAAUAUCGGUGCCCGAACCCGAACGUAAUGGUUAUGAGUAAUGGCUCGAGAUCGUGGCAGCGAGGUCGACUUCGCUGAACCGUACACGGAAUCUAAGAUUUAGAUACAGGUACCCGAACUUGCUUCGGUAAACCUGCCUUCUCCAUUACGCAUUUUCAUCGUUGAACGUAUUUUAACGUCAUCGAUCGGUUCAAAGCUUUAUUUUAUUCAACGAAUUUUUUAGAAUAUUGUUUUAAACAUAAAUAUUAUUAACAAAUGAUCCUUCUUUUUCCCUAUAAUUAUUUUUUAACACUGAUUUGAUUUCUUCCGCUUUUGAUAUAUCAUGUGUAUCCACGUUGAAAGUGAUUUUUAAAUAAAACCGUUUUCUAUUGAUU